AUGACUGCUAAAGAAGAAACUUAGACUAUUAUGCGAACUAUGAAAUCAAAAUUUCCAUUACUCAAGUCUAUAUAGCAAGUAACAAUUAUCACAAAACAAGUAAGUAUUAGAUUAACUAUAGCAAAUAAGUAAUUUAAUGUUAUCAUUUUAGGCAUAGAGUAGGAUAAACUUAUUGCUAAAAACAAGAUUUAAAACAAAAAUAAAUGGACAUGA